AUGGCAUCCAAGCGCGGUCGCGGUUCCUCUGGAAACAAGCUCAAGAUGACCCUCGGUCUGCCUGUCGGAGCCGUCAUGAACUGCUGCGACAACUCCGGCGCCCGUAACCUGUACAUCAUCUCCGUCAAGGGUAUUGGUGCGCGCCUGAACCGUCUGCCUGCUGGUGGCGCUGGCGACAUGGUCAUGGCGACCGUCAAGAAGGGAAAGCCUGAGCUGAGGAAGAAGGUCAUGCCCGCCGUCAUCGUCCGACAGAGCAAGCCGUGGAGGCGAGCAGACGGUGUCUUCCUGUACUUCGAGGACAACGCUGGUGUCAUUGUCAACCCCAAGGGUGAAAUGAAGGGCUCCGCCAUUACCGGACCCGUCGCAAAGGAGGCUGCUGAGCUGUGGCCGCGUAUCGCCUCCAACUCCGGUGUCGUUAUGUAA